CGCGCUGAGGUUUUUCUGGGGGCGGGGCUAUGCAAACGAAGUGGAUUCCCGCGAGGGCUGCCGGGAAAACAGCUGACACUGCUCCCGCGUGAGCGAGCCGCGGCAGAAGAGGCAGAGCUGUUUCCUCCCGUGGCUCAGCGGCUGGCGAGACCUCGAGAUGCAGGCCGAGUCCCUCUUGCACAGUGGCUACUUUCACCCCACCCUCCGCUUGUGGCAGGCGACGGCCGCUAGCUUCCGUGCAUCCAACCUCAUCUACCCCAUCUUUGUGACGGACAGCCCAGAUGCCCUGGAGCCCAUUGCCAGCCUGCCUGGUCAAGCCCGUUAUGGGGUCAACAGGCUGGAGGAGAUGCUGCGUCCCCUUGUGGCUGAUGGCCUGAAGUGCAUUCUGAUUUUUGGGGUCCCAAGCCGAGCCGUCAAGGACGAGCGUGGAUCUGCGGCCGAUGCCAAGGACACCCCGGUGAUCCAGGCCAUUGCCACGAUCCGUGCCUUGUUCCCAGAGCUGCUGAUCGCCUGCGACGUCUGCCUGUGCCCUUACACCUCCCAUGGGCACUGUGGCAUUCUCCGGGAAGAUGGCACCCUCCAGAACGAGACCAGCUGCCAGAGGCUGGCUGAGGUGGCUCUGGCCUAUGCCAAGGCAGGAUGCCAUAUCGUGGCCCCCUCGGACAUGAUGGACGGGCGCAUUGGCGCCAUCAAGCAGGCCUUGGUCUCCAACGAUUUGGGCAACAAGGUUUCCGUCCUGAGCUACAGCGCCAAGUUUGCUUCCUGUUUCUACGGCCCCUUCAGAGAUGCAGCCCAGUCUAAGCCUGCUUUUGGAGACCGGCGGUGUUACCAGCUCCCUCCGGGGUCGCGGGGCUUGGCCUUGCGGGCUGUGGACCGAGACGUGCGGGAGGGAGCAGACAUGCUGAUGGUCAAGCCAGGAAUGCCUUACCUUGAUCUCGUGCGGGAGGUGAAGGAAAAGCAUCCCAACCACCCGCUGGCCGUCUACCACGUCUCUGGAGAGUUUGCCAUGUUGUGGCACGGAGCGCAAGCUGGGGCCUUUGACCUGAAGGCUGUGGUGAUGGAGGCCAUGGCUGCAUUCAGAAGAGCAGGGGCUGAUAUCAUCAUCACCUACUACGUGCCUCAGCUGCUCCAGUGGCUGAAGGAAGAACAGGCCUGAGCCUUUGCUUUCCUGGGAACAAAGAUGGCCGGAAUAAGAAUCCCGGAAGUGUCUUGAAACUUGUGGAAUGGACCAUGCCGAUGGUUGGGGAGGGGGCAACUGUAGUAUCAACCCUCUCACAUGCUUUUACUCUAAGGGUGCCCAUCUACAAGAGCUGUUUCAACUGACUCCAUGGUCCCUUAGCAUUCCAGGCCUGGAGCUAGGAUUUAUUUUAAUUCUCAACCAAGACACCUUUUUAAAUAUAUACGUUUUUAUAAAAAAAAUGUUGCAAGAAAGGAAUAGUUGAACCUAAAUCAA